GCUUGGGAAACAUAGAGCUAUGCAAAUGUAGCCCUAUUACUUAUGUUAUGUCAUAAUCAGUCUAGCUUGUAAAACCUUAAGUUACUUUUUCCUUUCUCUGUUCAACUAACCAAAGCUAUAUAAUUAUUUUGUUAAUUAUGACCUUAACGACACCGUUUAGCAACCUUCUGAGACAUUUAGAGGGUUCCGUUAGACUUAUUCUGGUCGUCGAACUCUCUCAGCAGCUUUUUUCCUUCUCUGCAUCCCAUGGCGAACCCGACGGAAAAUCUCGACCCGAAUCCACCAACCCGAGAACCAGAAGAUGAAGUAGAAGAACUGAACGGCGACGAAGGAGAAGUAGAAGAAGAAGAGGAAGACGACGACGAAGGAGAAGACGAUGACGCCGUCUCCAAUCCUCAAUCUCUCAAGACGGAAUCGCUUUUCCGCCGGAUGAGAUCCUCACCCGUCCCGGUGCGCGUUCACGACGUGAUCGUCAAAGGAAACACGAAGACCAAGGACCAUAUCAUCGAGGCGGAAGUGGACGGCGUGAGAGAGGCCAGCACGCUGCAGGAGCUUCUCGAAGCUUCUAGGGUUGCCAAUUCGAAUCUCCGAGCGCUCGAUGUCUUCGAUUCCGUCAAUGUCACGCUCGAUUCCGGCCCUCCGGAGCUUCCUGGCACCACCAAUGUGAUCAUCGAAGUUGUGGAAAGCAAAAGCCCUCUCACUGGUCAAAUCGGGGCUUACACUAGAGCUGAGGCUAAGUCAUCAAGCGUUGAAGCAUCUUUAAAGUAUAAGAACAUUUUUGGGUAUGGAGAUAUUUGGGACGGGUCUGUAAUUUAUGGAUGUGACAACUCUGCUGAGGUUGGCAUGGGGAUGUAUUUGCCGAGGUUCAAAGGACUUCCUACUCCUUUUAGUUCCCGUCUCUACCUUUCUACUCAAGACUGGCUUAAUUUUUCUUCUUACAAAGAACGAUCUCUUGGACUUUCUCUCGGCCUUCUCUCGAGCAAGUACCACGAGCUUGUCUACACUGUUGGGUGGCGUAACCUGAUUGAUCCGUCCCGGUCUGCGUCGAAAUCUAUAAGGAGGCAGCUGGGACAUAGUCUGCUUUCUGCGUUGAAGUAUACGUUUAAAUAUGAUCAGAGAGACUCGUACUUGAGACCAACGAGUGGAUACGCUUUCAGCUCUACUUCUCAGAUUGGUGGGCUUGCUCCGGAUAGCCGAAGCCUACGCUUUCUGAAGCAGGAGAUUGAUCUUCGGUGUGCUUUUCCUUUCGGGUUUUACAACGCUGCUCUAAACCUCGGUGUCUCUGGAGGCGUCACAUUCCCAUGGGGAAGCGGAUACCAGAACCGCCCUUCCUCUGUGCCAGAGAGAUUCUUCUUGGGUGGCAAUUCAUCUCCUGUAUGCUCUUUGGGUGGGCCAUCUGCGCUAUGGGGAUUCAAGACCAGAGGACUUGGUCCCAACGAGCCAAAGAGGAAAGGGGAUGAUGAAAGAGAUUUCAUUGGGGGAGAUGCUGCUGUGACUGCAUUUGCGGAUCUCUCAUUUGAUUUGCCAGUGAGAUGGUUAAGAGAGAGAGGAGUCCACGGACAUGUGUUUGCUUGUGGUGGGAAUAUGGCAAAGCUAACAGAGAAUGAGUUUAGAAACGUAACUGCUCCAAAGUUGUUGGAGACGUUUAGAACUUCAGUUGGUGCUGGAAUCGUGUUACCAACUAGUCUUUUCCGUAUGGAGAUUAACUACUGCCAUAUAUUGAAGAAGCAAGAACACGAUAAAGCCAAAUCUGGAUUUUUCCUGACAUUCUCGGCCUGAGGAAUUUGAGUUGAAGAAGGUAGUCAAUAUGAUUAUGGCCUCUUUCUUUUUUUUCUUAAGCUGUUCAGCAAUGUUGGCAAAAUCUUUUGUUUCAGGGCAUUAUCUUAAUUUCAUUUUUGAAUCUAAAUUGUUUUGUAAGAGUUGAUUAUUUUUGUCAUGUUUUGCAUGGAGUUCUCAUUUUUGGGAUUCAAGAGGAAUAAGAAGAGGAAGAAUAUUGACUGGCCUGAAAA